GCAGCCGGCUUUUCUCGCUCUCUCCGCUCCUCCUCGCGCAGCUGCUGCACUGGGUCUGCAGACAUGGCGAACGUCGCAGACACAAAACUCUACGACCUCCUCGGAGUAUCUCCAUCAGCCUCCGAAAACGAGCUCAAAAAGGCAUAUCGGAAAUUGGCGAAAGAAUACCACCCUGAUAAAAACCCCAAUGCAGGUGACAAGUUUAAGGAGAUCAGUUUUGCCUAUGAGGUACUGACCAACCCGGAGAAGAAGGACUUGUAUGACCGGUAUGGGGAACAGGGUUUGCGCGAGGGUGGUGGUGGUGGAGCCGGAAUGGAGGACAUCUUCUCUCACAUCUUUGGCGGAGGUCUGUUCGGCUUUAUGGGCGGGCAGAGCAGCAAGAGCCGAAAUGGUGGCCGACGAAGAGGAGAGGACAUGAUACAUCCUCUGAAGGUGUCAUUGGAGGACCUGUACAAUGGAAAAACAACCAAACUACAACUAAGCAAGAACGUCCUCUGCAGCGCCUGCAAUGGUCAGGGUGGAAAAACAGGCGCUGUGCAGAAGUGCAGCACAUGUCGGGGCCGUGGCAUGAGGAUCAUGAUCAGACAGCUGGCUCCUGGCAUGGUCCAGCAGAUGCAGUCCGUCUGCACCGACUGCAAUGGAGAGGGCGAGGUGAUUCAUGAGAAAGACCGCUGUAAAGAGUGUGACGGUCGUAAAGUGUGUAAAGAGGUGAAGGUCUUGGAGGUGCACGUGGAUAAAGGAAUGAGACAUGGACAGAAGAUCACGUUCAGCGGAGAAGCAGACCAGUCACCCAAUACAGAGCCUGGAGACAUUAUACUGGUGCUGCAGGAGAAGGAUCAUGAGGAGUUUCGUCGUGAUGGGAAUGAUCUGCACAUUGGCCACAAGAUUGGGCUGGUGGAGGCACUGUGUGGAUUUCAGUUCAUGCUCACACACCUCGACGGGCGGCACCUCGUCAUCAAAUAUCCUCCUGGCAAAGUCAUAGAGCCAGGUUCUGUAAGGGUUGUGCGGGGGGAAGGAAUGCCUCAGUACAGAAACCCGUUUGAGAAAGGAGAUCUGUUCAUCAAGUUUGACGUGCAGUUUCCUGAGAACGGCUGGAUCAGCACGGAGAAACUAUCGGAGUUGGAGGAUCUGCUGCCGUCUCGUACAGAAGUUCCUGUCAUCUCAGCGGACACAGAGGAAGUGGAUCUGCAAGACUUUGACAUCAGUCAGGGGUCGUCCGGCGGACACCGACGCGAAGCGUACAACGACAGCUCCGAUGAGGAAGGAGGUCCACAUGGUCCUGGUGUUCAGUGCGCCCACCAGUAGUCCCACAAUUCUUUGAUUUGUUUGUUUUGUUUUGUUUUCUUAGGGGAAAUGUUAAGAUUCCCUUUUGUCGGACAGAUUCAAUCCACGAUCAUCAUAUUAUAGUGAACUGAACACACACACACACUUACAGUAUGUAUAGAUAUACGCUUUACAAUAUGGUUCCAUUAGUUAGUGUAUUUACUAACAUGAACAAAAAAUACAUUCAAUAGUGUAUUUAUUCAUCUUUAUAAACAUUAUUGCUUGAAAAUAUAGUCGUUCUUGUUAAGGCACAGUGCAUUAAAGGGAUAGUUCACCCCCAAAUUUUUAUUUGUUCACCUUUUAGUAGUUUCAAACAUUUUAAAGAUUUUUUUUUAUUGAACACAAAAGAAGAUAUUUAGAAAAAUGCUGAAAAACUGUAACCAAUGACUUCAAUAGUGUAUAUUUAUCCUACUAUUAUGGUUACAGGUUUAUAUCUGCUUAUGUGUAGUACAGAAGAAACUCAUAAAGGUUUGGAACCACUUGAGGAAGAGUAAAAAGUGAGCCAAUUGAAAUUUUAGCGUGAACUAUCCCUUUAUUAUUAACAUUUUAAUAAAUUCUGUACAAAACUGUUCAUAAUUAGUUCUUGUUAGUACAAAUUACCUAAUGGAACCUUAUAGUAAAGCUUGACCACUUACUCAAAUCGACACUCAUCCAUGCACUGUUUUUAAAAGAGUAGACAAGCAUAACUAGAAUCAAAGCAAAGCGAAAUAAUAAUUUAUUCAUCAUUCCUUUCAUUUCCAUUGUAGUCGUUCACAGUAUAUACGCUCUCUGAAUAUCUGAAUCAGCGAGGCAGACGCUGUUGUUUAAAUUAUAACUAACACGCACGCACAAAUGUGUUCAAGACUGAGGCGGUUCAACAAAAUGUUCAGACGUGUUUCAUUAUGUACUUGCCAGUUACUCGCGCAUCUUGUAUGGUCAAUUGGGAUAAAAGUGCUGGUUUGUAUUCAACUGCGGGACGGAGUAACAUGCAUGUGGGCGACACGCUGAGAUUAACAACCCCAAUAGUGCGUUUUUAAGGUAAACGAGUCAUGCAAUUUAUUAUUUGCCAAAGAAACACCACAGUCUUCUUGAGAUCAACAGCCAACGUGUGCAUGCGUCGUAAGCACUAAUAUAAGCCUGUAGGGGGCGGCAUUUAUCAUUGGCAACCAGGAAAGUGUUUGAACCGCGAACACAAGUUGCCAUCGUUCAAACACAGUUACUUAUGUGCUCAUACAUCAAUAAAGUUGAUGAAUGUUU